CAACAACUAAUUCCCAUUAAACCAAAACCUCUCUCUCUCUCUCUCUCUCUCUCUCUGCUCUCGAGUGUGGUUACAGUACUAGCUCUCUCAGCUUACAAACAAGAUGUCGAGGAAGCCAAGCAUUAAUGUGAUCCUCUCCCUUGUUUUGCUGCUUCUUUUGAUUGUAGAGAAUUAUGCUAACAUCACAGAGGCUCCAACCCCUCAGCCCCAACCAAAUACAAAUAGCAACCUUCCAUCGUAUGGCACCACUCAAGGGAGCCUUAAUCCUCAAGAGUGCGGACCUCGUUGCACUGGUAGAUGCUCCAAGACAGCCUUCAAGAAGCCAUGCAUGUUCUUCUGCCAGAAGUGCUGUGCCAAGUGCUUGUGUGUGCCUGCUGGAACUUAUGGGAACAAGCAAUCUUGUCCCUGCUACAACAACUGGAAGACCAAGAGGGGAGGCCCCAAGUGCCCUUGAAGACCUAAUUAAUCGAUUCUCUCUCUCCCUUUUCUGCCUCACUUCCUCUGUUCAUUUAUAUUGUUCCAACUGGGUUUAAACAAAAAUAGCAAUAAAUCUCUCACCCAUUAAAAAUGUUUAACCCAAAA